ACAAAAGACAAGACGUAUUUUUACGCCACAUACAUUUUACUGCUACCCAUGUGUGUAAUCCCAGGACACGACCCAAAAUUUUCAAGAAAUCAGUGGAAGCCGAAGUUAGAGGGUGUUGAUUUAAUGACAAAUUGACCCUUACGACUGUUGUUAUAGUAGUAGAAGUAUAUUUAGCGAUGUCAUUACAUAGAGACAGCGUUGCAGUUAAUCAAUUGCCACAUACUUAUGAUGGUAAAGUCUUAUUAGCCGUUAUUGGUGGUACAGGAUUAUAUGAUUUACCUAAUUUAAAGCCUGUGGCAAGAUUAACUAUUUCUACUCCAUGGGGAUUCCCAUCAUCUCCUAUUACAAUUUCUGUAACUGAAUCUGGAUUCCCAGUGGCUUUCUUAGCUAGACAUGGUCAACAUCAUGAUUUAUUACCUUCUGAUGUACCAUCUCGUGCUAAUAUUGCUGCUUUAAAACAUAUUGGAGUUAAAGCUAUUAUUUCAUUUUCAGCUGUAGGUUCUUUACAACCAGAAAUUAAACCAAGAGAUUUUGUAGUUCCUACACAAAUUAUUGAUAGAACUAAAGGUAUUAGACCUUCAACCUUCUUUGAAAAAGGUUUUGUGGCUCAUGCUAUGUUUGGUGAACCAUUUGAUCUUAAAUUGAAUAAGAUUAUUUCUGAUAAUAUUCCAUCUCAAGGAUUCUUAGAGGGGUUUGAUUUACAACAUACUCCAACAUUCCAUACUAAAGAAAAAACUAAUAAAGGUGAAGAUUUAACGGUUAUAUGUAUGGAAGGUCCUCAAUUCAGUACUAGAGCAGAAUCAAGAUUAUAUAGAACUUGGGGUGGAUCUGUCAUUAAUAUGUCUGUUUUACCAGAAGCAAAAUUAGCUAGAGAAGCCGAAAUUGCUUAUCAAAUGAUUUGUAUGUCUACUGAUUAUGAUUCAUGGAAUGAAAAUGAAGAACCAGUUACAGUUGAAACCGUGGUUGGAAAUUUAAAGGCUAAUUCCGCUAAUGCUCAUAAAUUAGCUGCAAAAUUGAUUGAUGUUGUUGCUGUUGAAUUCGCUAACGGUACUGGUAUCGCUGACGAUUUAGAAGGUUCAAUGAAAUAUUCUGUCAGUACAAGUACUCAUGGUGUUAAGAAGGAAUUAUUAGAAAAGAUGCAUUUCCUUUUACCAGGUUACUGGCCAGUUAAUUAAUUAAUAGAUAAAUUUAAUUAUAGUUAUCCUUAUAUAGUUUUUAUCAAUAACUCUAUAGAAUUC